AUGGACGUGCUCGCCACUGUACCACGGAGUGCGUGGUAUGUCGCGCUGCCCUUCGCCCUGGUCGCGGCACUCUUGUCGCUCAUACGAGUCUACACCACCUGGAACUACUACCGGACUAUCAAGUAUAUCGAGGACGUGGCCACCAGGAAUGGAAAAGCUGGCAAGAUGACGAUACAACCACCUCAGAUCCCUUACACUAUCCCAUUUCUCGGAAAUGCCCUUGGUUUCCUCGACACAACACCCGGCAGGUUCUGGGUAGACCUCUUCAAAUGGCAUCCACGAUCAUCUGGAGCGUGUACUCUCCUGUUGGGCGGCAGACGCACCCACAUUCUAUACACGCCUACUGUCAUCUCAGCAAUGUUCAAGGACAAGACGCUCAAGCGGGACGUCUUCGAGGAGGAGCUUUAUCAGAAAGUGUUUGUAAUGCCAGAGGAUCAGCUCAAUUACGCCAUUAGUGGCAAGCACUCCGAGCACGAGAUGAACGCCGCAUAUAUGACCAGACCCGAGCGAGUCAACGAACUUACUGUCCACUUCACUCGCGUGCUCGAGGAAGUUCUGGACAAGGACGCUGAAGAAAUCGUGACCAAAGACGGCAUAGGGUUGUACAAUUGGCUUCGGGACCGCAUGUUCACCGCCUCGACCACCGCGCUCUUUGGAGAGGAGUUCUUCAAAUACUACCCCAACUACUGCGAAGACUUCUUCUACUUUGACAUGCAGUUCAUGUCGUUCUUCUUUGGCUUUCCCAUGCGUGAGGCCAGCCGACGCCGGGAGCAAACUUUUGAGAAGCUCCAAGCCUGGAGCAAGGCGAUGCAUGAGAAGAGCGGCGGCACUCCCGUUGAUCCCGAAGGUCCGGCGUGGGAGCCUCUGUUUGGCAGUCGCCUCAAUCGGGCCAGACAGAUCAACUACAAGGAGAGGAAACUCAAUGCCAGAUCGUCUUCCGCACUAGAUCUGGGCAUCACGUUCGGCCUCUCGAGCAACGUCAUCCCCGCAACUGGCUGGAUGCUCAUGAACAUCCUCAACCCAAAAGGCGACCCCAACCUCCUCGGCCGCGUCCUCGCAGAGCUCAAGGAAGCAGAGAAGUCCGACGGCUCCAUCGACGUCCCCGUCCUGAUCAACCAGCCUCUGAUCCAAAGCAUCUGGACCGAAACGCUCCGCCUCUACGCCGACGUACUGAUCACGCGAAACGCUACCCAAGACACCGUACUCCCCAUGGACGAAGACGGGAAAACUUUCAUCCAGCUCAAGAAAGGCGAUAACGUCUUCGCGCCAUCCUGGAUCGGCCACCGUGAUCCCGAAGCUUGGGCGGACGAUCGAGCGCCGACUGAGACGUUUUAUGCUGAUCGCUUCCUGCAGCCAGACCCGCAGAAUCCGGAGAAGAUGGUCUUUAGCAUGACUGCUGUUGGCAAGUUCUACCCCUUCGGUGGCGGCAGAACGAUCUGUCCGGGAAGGGUUUUUGCGAAGCAAGAAGCUCUCGGGGCUCUUGCGAUGAUACUGCUGCGUUUCGACUUUGAGGUGCUGGGGUUUGUGGACAAGGACGGGAAGGGGACAGAGGAGUUUGUGCAGCCGGCGUUGGUGUAUCCUGGGACUGCUGCGUUGGCUCCGGGGGGUGACAUGAAGGUUCGGAUGAGGAGGAGGGAGAGGUUGAAUUGA